AGACCUCUGGGAAACCGAGUCCACGUACUAAAUAAUUCAAGCCGUUCCCUUUCCUCCAACGCUAACAAGAUGCCGGCCGUACAUCACAAACUGCUCCUGGAGGACGCCUUGCAGGACAGUCCCCAGACUCGCUCGUUGCUCAGUGUGUUUGAAGAGGAUGCUGGAAAUCUUACAGACUACACCAACAAGCUGCUUCAAUCAAUGCAGCGGGUGUAUGGAGCCCAGAGUGAGAUGGGACUGGCUACAGAGCAGCUCUCACAGCAACUUCUGGAUUACGAGAAAAAAAAUUUUGCCCUUGGAAAAGGUGAUGAAGAGGUAAUCAACACGCUGCAGAACUUCGCCAAAACCGUAGGGGAGCUGAACGCGCUCCACUCUGAGCUAGCCAACCAGAUGGCUGACAGCAUGGUUUUCCCUUUGAUUCAGUUCCGAGAGAAAGAUCUCACAGAGAUCAGCACACUGAAGGAAAUAUUCACUAUUGCCACUGAUGAGCACGAGGCAGCUAUGGUCAAAUAUAGCCGAUUGCCCAAGAAGAAGGAGAACGAGAAGAUGAAGUCAGACCUUGUGAAGGAGGUGGCCUACACUAGGAGGAAGCAGCACCAGGCUUCGCUGCAGUAUUACUGUGCCCUCAACGCCCUGCAGUAUCGCAAGAGAGUAGCCAUGAUCGAGCCUAUGCUUGGCUACACACAGGCACAGGUCAGCUUCUUCAAAAAAGGCAUUGAGAUGGUGGCAAAGAAAGUUGACAACUUCCUCUCUUCUGUGUCCAACAUGGCUCAAAGUAUCCAGAAUCAGCUGGAUGCAGAGGCUGAAGCCAUGCGGGUGUCCCAGAAGGAGCUUCUGUCUGUGGAGGACACCAUCUACAUGCCAGAUAAGGACACCGAGCCUGUCAAUCGUACGCUUAUCCAGAAGGCUGGCUACCUCAACAUUAGGAAUAAAACAGGCCUCGUGACCACAGCCUGGGACCGACUCUACUUCUUCACCCAGGGAGGGAACCUCAUGUGUCAGCCACGUGGUGCGGUGGCAGGGGGCAUGGUGCUGGACUUGGACAACAGCUCUGUCAUGGCAGUGGACUGUGAAGACAGACGCUACUGUUUUCAGAUAACCUCCCCCUCAGGCAAAACGUCAAUGAUUCUACAAGCUGAGAGCAAAAGGGAAUAUGAAGAAUGGAUUUGCACUGUGAACAACAUUUCCAGACAGAUCUAUCUGACUGACAACCCAGAGGCCGUGGCCAUCAGACUGAACCAAACGGCCAUCCAGGCGGUCACUCCCAUCACAAGCUUUGAGAAGAGACCAGAAGGCUCCCCCAACCCUGACAGAGCAAAGCCUGGAGGCGUUUAUACUUCAGGCAGUUCCCAGAAUCCAGGAGCCGCUCCGGAACCAGAAGACCUAAUUGCCCCUGGGACGCCCAUUCAGUUUGACAUCGUGUUGCCCGCCUCCGAGUUUCAGGACCAGAACAGAGCCGGGGGGAGACGCACAAAUCCAUUUGGAGAAACAGAUGAUGACUGUUCAACAGAAAGUGACGAUUCCCUCCUGCAGCAGGUGUUUGCUGUGCGCUUCCUGGGUUCAAUGGCGGUGCGCUGUGGUGACAAUCAGGAAGUGAUCUAUGAGGCCAUGAGGCAGGUCCUAGCUGCUCGAGCCAUCCACAACAUCUUCAGGACCACCGAGAGUCACCUCAUGGUCACAAGCAGUAACCUUAGGUUGAUCGACCCUCAAACUCAAGUCACAAGAAUAAGUUUUCAGCUCGAAGAAGUUUCUCAGUUUGCAGCCCACCAGGAGAACGGGAGACUGAUGGGAUUCGUGGUUGAAGGCAGAGACUGGAGUGAAGACGAUGAGGAGGGAGAGUCCACAUUUAGCGCCUUUGUAUUCGAGAGCAACACAGAAGGCGAAAAGAUAUGUUACACCAUAAGCUUGGCGAAGGACAUUACAGAGGCAAAGAAGGAUCCCGAAGCCCUGGCCCAGCUGAUGAAAAACAUGCCCCUAACCAAUGACGGCAAAUUCCUGCUGCUUGAGCCAGAGACGGGUGACACAGCCAACGGAGACGGACAAGAAGACCUGGAGUCCGAGGCCUAGUCCCAGAUAGGAGCCUACAGAAACCUCAGAACCCCGGUCAAAGUUUAACUUAGGAGAGAAGACUUUCCCUGGAUGAAGUUAUCAUGGUGACCUCCCAGCCCUAACUCUGGUACAGUAACACCCAUAUUAGAGAGUGUAGUUCACUUCACUUACCCUGUGUUACUAGAUCUCCAGUUUUUUGCUGUAAUAAGAGCAGAAGACUUUUGGAGGGGGUUAACUGGACCUUAAAGCACAUCUGUUGAUCAAACAUAAGGUCUGCUUUUCUGUGGUCUGACAGCAGCAUGGGGAUUAGUUUUGGUUUAAAACUAUUGUUGAUGGUACUUACAUGAAAAGGGACACUAAAUAGGUUUUGAUUGUGUUUCAUUGUCUUCUAAUAUGACCAGAGAUCUAACAGAUGGAGAUGAAUCAGGUUAGGUUUAUUUUCAGUUUACAUAGUUUUGAGUCCAGGUUUCUUCCUUUAUGUUCUUUUAACUUGUAUGCAACUACUUUAGCAUUUAUUUCUUGUUCAUUUCUGUAUAAAAAGCUGUUGCACUUCCCAUGAAAAUAUCAGUUAAAUAAUGCUUGAUGACUGCUGGAUGCACUUAUUUGAAGGAUUUUAAAAUGAUGAAUUUCCUAAAAAAAGGUUAAAAUAAUGCUGGUUUUAUUGCUCUUUUUUCAUCGUCAAAACUGACAUUGUACAGUUUUGUUCUUUUUGCUACUCUUACAUUCCUGUUAUACUGAAUUUAUUUCAUAUUUUACUCUUAUACUCCUGUAACGGUACUUACAAGUCUUAAGAUAAUCUGUAUGCAGACAUCUCCUCGAGCGGCCCAAAUAUCCUCCAGUAAAAUGAAAGUAUGUUGCACUGUGUUUCUUGAAAGCCUUUGUAAAUAUGAACUGUUUGAGUGUCUGUAUGAUGUGUAAUCAGAGUUGCCUGCAUUAAAAGCUUUUGGAGCUGA